AUGGCUAAUCAAAAAAAAAAAAAAAAAAAAACCACAUUUACCUUGGUCGCCGGCGGUGGUCGGAACUUGGUCGGCGGCGGUGGUCGGAACUUGGUCGGCGGCGGCGGUGGUCGGGGGGCUCUUGAUCGGCGGCGGCAGUGGUCGGCGUCGAUGGGUCUGAGGAGCGGUGAAAGAGAUGUUCACCAAGUUUUUGUUCACCAUCAUCAUCUUGUUCUUCUUCCUGCCUGGUUUGGGUUUGGGUUUGGGUUUGAAAUCCGAGAGAAGCCAUGCAUAAGGUCCAUAUACAGUUUCGGAGACUCCAUAGCCGACACGGGCAAUCUGAUACGUGAGGGAGCCCAUGGGCCUUUCUCCACCAUCGCCAAACUCCCCUACGGCCGGAAUACCUUCAACAAAUCCACCGGCCGUUGCUCUGAUGGCCUUCUCAUGAUCGUAGGGAACGGGGACUUCAAAUGCGGAGUCAACUUCGCUGUAGCUGGAGCCACAGCUCUUGAUGGAUCUUUCUUUGACAGCCACGGCAUCGCAAACCUUUUUACGCACAGCUCCCUCAGCGUUCAGCUUAAAUGGUUCAAGUCCCAUCUCAACUCCACAUGCUUCUCACGUGCGGAAUGUGCGAAGAAGCUCAGACAAUCCCUUGUCAUGAUGGGGGAGAUUGGAGGCAAUGACUACAACUAUGCCUUCAUGGCGGGAAAAAGCAUAGAGCAAGUGGAAAGCUAUGUUCCUUAUGUUGUGCAAACGAUAGUUAAUGCUACCAAGCACCUUGCAGCUUUUGGCUCAAAGAAUCAAGAAGACUAUGAUGAAAACAACUGCCUAAAAGACUUGAACGCCUUCUCCCUCUUCCACAACGCAAAACUUCAAGAAGCCUUGGGAGAUUUGAGGAAGGAAUACCACCCCUACGUUCACAUCAAGUAUGCGGAUUAUUAUCGUGCGUUCACGUAUCUCAUUGAAAACGCCUCAGCACUAGGGUUCGAUGAGUCAUCUUUACAAAAAGCUUGCUGUGGAGGUGGCGGUGAGUAUAAUUUUGACGUGGCCAAGCAGUGUGGCUUCCCCGGGGUUUCGGCGUGCGAGGAUCCGGCAACACGUAUUAGUUGGGACGGUGUUCACAUGACGCAGAGAGCGUAUCGG